AUGGAAAAUGGAACAUAUUUUUACUUGAUGUUGUUUGAAAAUAUUGGGUACAUAAGAUAUGCUUUCUUCGGUUUGGGAUCGAUUCUGUAUUGUGCUAUUGUAUUAUUCAAUGCCCUCAUUAUUCUUGCAAUUUUUCUGGAAAGGACAUUGCACCAGCCAAUGUAUAUUUUGAUAUUGUGUUUAUCCGUCAACUCUGUGUUUGGUACAGCUGCUUUCUUCCCAAGGUUACUGGCAGACUUACUGUCUGAUACACACUCGGUCUCCCGUGAAGCAUGCAUCUUACAGGCGUUUGUCAUUUAUUCAUAUGCAUCAAAUGAAAACACAAUAUUAAUGUUAAUGGCAUUUGACAGGUAUGUAGCAAUCUGUAAACCAUUACAAUACAGCAACAUAAUGACACCCAAGAUUUUAUCUGUCUUAAUAGCGAUAAGCUGGAUCUAUCCAAUGCUUUGUGUUGGUAUUGCUGGUAUAUUAAAUGCCAGACUCACAAUGUGUGGUAACAAACUGUGGAAGGUGUACUGUCACAACUGGGAAAUCGUCAAGCUUUCUUGCAUAAACACUAUCGUGAAUAAUGUUUUGGCUUUUUCAUAG